AUGGGGUUUGAUCUCAAUCACGUUCUGAGCAGCACUCGAAAAGCUUUUCCUUUAAGCCUGGAGUCAGACACAAGAACUAUGUUGAACCUCCUGCUGGCCAAUGCCCAUGAGAUUGCUACAGCACUCCCAGAUCCCGGUCGUCAACUGGUGUUCGGAACAGAGGGUGUUUGGUCAUUUAGGCCGGUCAAGUUGAAGCGAGUAGGGGAAAGAAAGAAAGUAGUCAUGCUCAACGGCCGUUCUGACUACCACCUCUGGUACGGAUCCCAAGCUGACGCAGCCGUCAACGUGGUUGUGGUUGAGGCCAAAGCCCCCGGCCUCGCCCAGUUUAGUAUUGCCCAGGCACUGGGAUACAUGGGUAAGUACUCACAAGAUCUUCACUAUGACUCUUGGAAAUCUAACUUCAAACUGUUUGAAGGUAUUGUGCAUAGAAAACGAAAGGAUGAGGGCAAGAAAGACACUAAGGUCUAUGGUAUGUGCAGUGAUGGGGAGUACUGGUUCUUUCUCAAGAUUAAUGACAAAGUCGAGUGGAGCCAAAAGUUAGUGAUCGUCCGAAAUGAGGAUUACGCAGAAGUGAUCAGAAUUCUGGUGUACUUCUUGAGCCAGGCGGCACAUAUGUCACCAGGUCAUUCACUACAGUCCAGCCAUGCAAAACAAAGCUCUGGAGAUAGUGUCUUGUCCCAAGCGUCUCGAUUCCCCCUUGAAUCGAUUGACAAUAUUCUAGAAGAUCAAUAG